AUGGCUACUACUUCACACCUCGGGCUCCCGCCCGUCCCGCCAGAGCUGAAAGCGAUCAUCCCCUACGUCCAGCGCGCAGACGAGCUCUCCUCGCGCGACCCGAUCAUGUCCUACUGGUGCGCCUACACCGCCGCCCAGACCGGCAUCGCCCUCAAGUCCAAGGCCCCCGCCGCCCGCACCUACCUCUUCGCCCUCCUCUCCCUCCUCGAGAAGAUGAAGGCCGAGGUCGUCAACACCCUCGGCAAGGCCGGCGGCGCGGACGCGGUCGAGGACGAGGCCGCCAGCGCGGCGUACGUCGAGAACUUUGGCUUAAGGGUGUUUGAGGGCGCGGAUUCGGAGGAUCGCAGGGGCAUGGCUACUAGGGCUACGGCGAAGAAGUUCUUGGCGGCCGCGAACUUCCUCGAGAUGCUCAAGAUCUUCGACAAGUCUGUAGUUCCCGAUACGCAUGAUGAAAAGAUUCGAUACGCGAAAUGGAAAGCCGCGGAUAUAGCCAAAGCCUUCCGCGAAGGCCGCAAACCGACCCCGGGGCCCGCAGGCUCACAACAACCCGAACCCGAACCCGAACCCGAAUCCGAACCCGCCUCUCCUCCCCUGUCCACAACCACCACAAGCACACUCUACGCCUCCCCCUCUCCAUCCACCACAGGCCCCAAACUCGCGCCGGGCUCCCCGCCAAAAUCCCCUUCGUCCUCCUCCCCGACUCGCACCCCGCGCAAGACCCCCUCGCCGAAGAUGAACCCACAGGACAUCCACCGCGCCAACGCCAUCUCCCCGCCGACCGAGCCUGCGACGUACACCCACCCCGUCCCGCACAGCCACAUCCCCAAGCACCUCCAGGACCCGGCGCGCCCCGGGAGCCCCGCGUGGAGCACCGUCGCGACCCCCGGGAGCACCGAGGCGGUGGUGGGCUGGGACCCGUCUGCGAAGAAGACGUCGGGAUUGGGCACCGAGGUGCACUUGGGCGACGACGGCGCGGCGUACCCGCGCGAGCGCAUCGCGCCCGACGGCGGCGGGCUGGACAUCGCGCACAAGGGCGCGGGGGAGGCGAAGGCGAGCGUGCCGCCCUCCCCGCCGACGCCGAAGAGGGUGCACUUCACGCCGUCCGUCACGGGCGGGCUGACGGAAAGCGAGGGCGGGAGCACGUUGUACGACCCGGAAGAGGCACAGGCUCAAGGACAGGCGGGGUUCGUGGUCCCCCCGCCGGGCCUCGUGGGCGCGGAGCCGACGAUACCGGGCGCGGUGGUGGACGGGGUGCCGCUGCCGCCGGGCUUUGUGCCGAAGAAUAUCGUGCCUACGCAUUCGCACUCGCCCGUGUCGCCCGCCGGACCUUCUGCGUCUUUCCAACCGCCGCCGCCGCCCUCCCAGCCUGCGUAUGCCGCCCCGCCCCCGCCUCCUCCUAUUCUACCCCCCGCGCCCCCGGAGCCGGUGGAGGUGAGUCCGCAGGUGAUCGCGCAGACGCAGAAGCACUGCCGGUACGCGAUCUCGGCGCUCGACUACGAGGACGUGGAGACCGCGCGGAAGGAGCUGCGCAUCGCGCUCGGGAUGUUGGGCGGCCUCUGAGCGGCGGGCGCGGGUUGAGUUGAUUCUGCAGCGAGUGUAUGUGC